CUGCCAAAUGUCAAACACUCAACCGCAGUUAGCACCGCUUCCGUUCACCAACCAAAGCCAAAUCAAAUGCCACAUUCUCCUUUUCCCAACCUCCGCCCCCAAUAACUUUGCUUUGGCUGCCUGCCACACUCACCAAUCUAAACUCGCCUCCUUUCACACCCUCUCCAUUUCACCAAUCCCUGAUUUUGGGUGUCUCUUUAUAUAAAAUAUUACAUCAAAAUGUGCCUUUUCUUUUCAUACUGCUUCUCGAAUUUUCCUUGGGUUUUGGAAAGUUACUUUUUGAGAUUCCCCUAUUUGAUCUUAGGUGAAAAGUAAGGGCACCUGGGAUUCCAUUUAAAUGCUUCCAUGAGUUGAUACUUCUUUGGUCAUUUAAAGCAGUCGCCAUUUUUGAACAUUUUUAUUCAAAAAGAGAGCAAAGAAAUGAUGAACAGGGGAUUUGAGAUUCUCUCCCCACCUUCUUAUUCACAUGCUUCGAAUUGGUUGUUUCAAGAGAGCAAAGAUAUAAAAUGGACUCACCAAGAGAACAAGCGUUUUGAAAAUGCUCUGGCUUUGUAUGACCAACAAACUCCUGACCGAUGGUUUAAUGUAGCUGCAAUGAUUCCAGGGAAAACAGUGGCUGAUGUAAUCAAACAGUACAGAGAAUUGGAAGAGGACGUUAGUGAUAUAGAGGCAGGGCUUAUACCAAUUCCUGGAUACCUAACUGAUUCUUUUACAUUCAAUUGGGUUAAUAAUCAUACCCCGGGUGGAAAAACGGGCACUGGGACUCCACCUUGUGAUCAAGAAAGGAAGAAAGGUGUUCCAUGGACUGAAAAUGAACACAGGCAAUUUCUAAUGGGUCUUAGAAAGUAUGGUAAAGGGGAUUGGAGAAGUAUAUCGCGCAAUUUCGUGACGACUAGAACCCCAACUCAGGUGGCGAGUCAUGCUCAAAAGUACUUCAUCAGGCAGCUCACCGGAGGGAAGGACAAGAGGCGGUCGAGCAUCCAUGAUAUCACUACACUUAACAUCGCCGAUACGCCCUCUUCUUCACCAGAUCAUGGAAAGCCUUCGUCUCCCAAAAAUGCUUCUGCAGUAGCCGGGGUAACAAAUGAAGUGCUUUUUGAUUUUGAGUGGAACCUACAGAAAGAAGGAGCAGCCAUUGUUUUCGACCAGAGGAGUAGUGGCAAUGCCUUGCUGUCACCUUUCUGUAAGGUUCCUUCAUAUGGACCUAAGCUAGAUGAACAAAAUUUGGCAAGUGGAACUUUCCCCACAUCUCAAUUCGGACCGUACCGUGGGAUGUGAGCUAUCUGUGCCCAUGCCUCGUGUAUAAACCUUGAAUAUGCAUAAUAGUCCGUAGCAUGGUUUUAGUUUUGUUGUCACCGCCUUAGAUUAAUGAUUCGUAAGUAUGCCAUGUCCUGGCUGAUGAACUCUCUCUUUAUCGGUUGUAUAUAAAUUUGUUAAGAAAUAAGAAUUGUAUUCUCAUUUCAUCGUAUGGAAGCAAUCCUAUUACAGGUAA